AUGCCUCCCACACCCAAGGCAAACUACAAAACCUACGAGGCUCAGGCCCGUCUCCUUCGUGCCAUUGUCGCCGCUCACCCCGAGGUGAAGUGGAACUACAAGGACAUUACGGAAUGCUUCGGAUCUGAUCUGACCAAGGACGCGCUGAACCAUCGCUUCCGCCGUCUUCGCGCUGAGGCUGUCAUCAUCGCCGAGGCCCGUCAGCAGGGUCUUGACAUGAAGAAUCUCGAUUCGAGUGACAGCCUGCCCACGGCCCAGAAAGACGUCGACAAAUCCAGUAUGCGCACCAUCCCACCAUCACAACCCAAUUACAUUGCAAAGUACUUUGGUGGCUCCACCGGUGACGGCAUUCAGUUCCAGUUCCGGGGUAUCAAGAAGGACGCCGACAAGAUCCGCAGCGUCGCCGAUGAAGGCGGCGAUCCCAACAGCGUCCCCCUCGUCGGUCUCGGUGCCGCCGGUGCCUCUGCCCAGUCCACGCCCUCCAGGGGCCCCCGCGGUGGCGCCGCCCGCGCGACACCAUCCACCGCCGGCGGCCGGAAGCGCAAGAUCAAGGAGGAGACCCCCAUCAAGGCCGAGCUCAUGUCCGACGACGAAUUUUCCUCAAGCGUCAACUACGAAGAGAUUGACCGCGAAGAUACCCCGAGCAAGCGUAUGAGGGGCCCCGCCACGACACCCAGGACCGCCGCCUCGGCCCGCAAGAACGGCACGCCCUCCCGCCGGGCGGCCAGCCAGGCUGCCGAUACGAUCGCCGCCUCCGCACCAGCGGGUAGCAGUACCUCGGACGAGGAGCCGCGGACGUACGUGGCGCCCAAGAGCAUCUUUGGGGAUGGAAACGGUACUACCAGCGGCACAGCUGGCCUGAACGGUUCCCGUCUGUCUGAUAUGAUCGGCGCCACCGACCCCUAUGUUGGUGCGCCUUCUGCCCACCACAAUGACAUGUCUGUCGUUGGUGGUGACGACGGUGAGAUUUAG